AUGGCUUCUAGACAGUUUGGUAGUAGUAAGGGGAAACGAAGAGCCAUGAGCCCACCAUCAUGCUCCCCCCACUCACACACCCAUACUCUACCCGCACACCACUGUACACGCAAGCUCGUGAUUGCCCCGCGUCCGGUCAAGAAAAACGAACAAGUCACCCGGGAAGCCAGAGAAAAAAAAUCAGGGUACGGAGGUGGCCUCAUGGGCGUUUUAGCGGCAUGCGGAGAAGCCACCGUUAGCACCUUACUGGAAGCGCACUACGUUUGGCAGUUGGGAACGAGAGAAGAAGAAGAAGAAGAAGAAGAAGAAGAAGAAGAAGAAGAAAAGAAAAGAAAAACAAAGAGUCUUAGCUGCAAGUAG